AUGAACAGAUGGGAGGAUCACCCUCAUCUUCCUGUGCUGAAAGUACAAAAAUGCCAUCCAUCUAUCCCUCAUAGACAAGGGGUAAAUGAAGCACUAACUGAAGGACAUUCUAGCGGUAUCACUAUAGUGCUCUGGUUACAAAAACUGGGGCUCAGCCCAUAUGUUACUGGGCCAUUGACUGCAUAUGUGCUUCGCAUCUGGGAUCCAAUAAUCAAAGAGACAAAACUUACAAAUUUUUUCUCCAAUGACAAUGACAAACGUAUGGGAACAAGCAAAUCUGAAGGAAAGAGGAGCUUGAAGGAAAUAGGAGAGGAAGAGGAAGAGGACGACGAUGAAGAUAUUUCUGGUGGGUUAGGGUUUGUAGAUGAAGACAAGAUCAAGAAGAAAGGAAGGAAAGGAUCGGGUAGUGGUGGAGGGGGUCGUCGUUAA